AAGACCUAUGCUGAGAUUCUCUACAAGACCAUGAAAGGCCUCGGCACUCGUGAUGACAACCUUAUUCGAAUGAUCAUCGCCCACUCUGAGAAGACCAUGUCGAAUCAAGGCACCGUUCAGCCCAUUUCGUACAUGAACCCCCAGGAAGAUGCGGAGACCCUGGAAAAAGCCAUGAAGGGACUCGGCACGGACGAAAUGGCCAUCAUCAACUUGCUAGCCAAACGUUCUGUUGAGCAACGCCAGAAGAUUGCAGUGGCCUACCAAUCAAAAUACGGAAAGAACCUAAAAGACCGUUUGCACAGCGAAUUGAGUGGACAUUUCCGACAAGCCGUUCUCUACUCCUUCUACGACAUGGCACACGUAAAUGCCAAGGCCUUAUACAAGGCCAUGAAGGGCGCGGGUACCGAUGAACAGGUUCUCGUUGAUAUCAUCUGCACAUCCACGAAUGAGGAAAUAGAGGCCCUGAAAAAGGCCUACAUGGAUAUUCUCGUCGAAGAAAAACAAAAUGCUCUUCGAAGGAAUCUGGAGCUUGAUGUCAAACACGAUACUACCAGGGACUUCGAGAAGGUGCUGAUUGCCCUCCUCCAGGGUAAAAGAGGUGUAGAUGUGGACGAGGCUACAAUUCGCGCAGACUGUGAGGAACUCUACAAGGGUGGCGAAGCGAAAUUGGGUACGGACGAAGCCACCUUCACACGGAUCCUUGUCACCCGCAGCUGGAAGGACAUUGUUAAAAUCAACGAGCACUACAACGCGGCAGUUGGCCACGAUCUGAUUACGGCCAUUGGUAAAGAAACCUCCAGUGACUAUCGAAAUGCUCUUCAGACAAUUGGUGAGUUCCGAACCUAA